GUGUAUACUCCAGGGUGAGUAAAUGAUUACAAUUUUCAACUAAAUCUAUAAGGAACUGUACAUGUUUUUUUUUUCAGAUAGAACGAUACUUAUUGAAAACAGACAGUAAAGCUAAAAUGUAUUGUUAUCUAAUUAUAACAAAGUGGCUAGCAUAUUUUUAAAGAACAUGGAAAAUUCUUAUUGUUCUACUUUUUAGUUUUUAGAAGAAAUCAUCUGCACUGUUUCUGAAUUAAAUUUAUUUUUAUUUAUGUCAUAAUGCCUAAAUUAAAUAGUUUUUUAAGACAUUGAUAGCAUCUUCUGGUUGGAAAAAUAAGUCUUCAUUAUCGAUAACCCCACAUUGUUCCUUGAGGGCAUCUAUCCUGCAUAUUUUAGGUCCAACCCUACUCCACGCACCUGCCAUUAGUUUUUAUGUAUAGCCCUGGCCUGAACAACUUGAUUUGCAGGUUCAGGUAUGGUAGAGUAGGGUUGGAACUAAAAUAUGCAGGACGGGUGGCCUCCAAGAACAACGUUGGAGACCCAUGCCAUAGAGCAGUGUUCCCCAAAUCUUACCCUGGAGGGCCAGAGCACUCAAUCAAACUUACCCACCUGUGAUUGUGAUCAUGAAGACCUUGAUUAGCUUGCUCAGGUGUGUUUGAUCAGGGUUGGAGCUAAACUCUGCAGUGCUCUGGCCCUCCAGGGUAAGAUUUGGGGAACCCUGCCCUAGAGACUAGUGUAAUUUAUUUCACUUGGACAAUGCUUUUAUUAUUUAUUUUAUUUUUCAGUGUUUUUGAAUAAAUUCAUUCCAAAGUACUUUCUUUAAUGUUGAAUGUUGUGCUCUUUUAUGGCAUGGUAUGGUUUUCUUACAAUAAUUAAAUCACAUACGCUAUGUUAGUUUAAAAUUCAAGUGGUAUAGAUAUUUCAAACCCCAAAAGUUUUAAACCUUAUGUUAUUAUUUUUUAUUCUCAUUUGUUCACAUUUUUGCUGCCUAUUUGGGAUAAUGUUGAUUUCACGGUAAAGUUUACUUCAGUUCCUCGUUAAUCUUAAUAAAAAAACACAAAUAUUUGUUAUGAUGUUCUAGAUGUCUUCUGCUUGAUCCGUGUCAAUGGCCCCGCCUUCUGCAUGUUACCUGUGGGCAGGUGUGGUUUUAAUGUAGUUCAACAAAAGUCACCGUCCGGUUCCCAGCUGCGGAAAUCAGACGGAUUUAAUGGCUUGCGAAAAAGAGUCGGACGUCAAACCAACUGUGUAUUCUCAAAAAACACCUGUCCGAAAUGUGUGCGCCACGUCUGCGUUUACGAUCAUUGACAAGACAACAUUAUGGCCACGGCCGCUGGCCCGAACAUGGACGCUCAUGCUGUUGUUGGUCACAUGCCUUCUCUAUUGGGCACGGAUGGCCAUGCCAAUCUGUGCCGUCACCAUGGCGAAACAGUAUGGAUGGAGCAAGACAGAAACCGGCAUGGUACUGGGGGCUUUUUUCUGGGGUUACUGUUUUACUCAAGUACUUGGAGGCCAUGCUGGUGACAGUAUUGGAGGAGAGAGGGUAUUGCUUCUAUCCACAUCAUGCUGGGGAGCCAUGACCGCUAUUACCCCACUUUUGGCCAACAUAGGUGUUCGACCCCUUGUUACCAUGACGAUGGCUCGGUUUCUGAUGGGUGUAAUGCAAGGGGUUCACUACCCUUCUCUAGUCAGUGUCUGUGCUCAGCGUGUGGCAAUGGGAGAGAGAGGAUUUUUGAUGAGCACUUUAGCGUGUGGCUGCUACCUAGGGAUGCUGUUGGUUGGAGGUGUGGGUUCGCUGAUGCUGGAUUGGUUCGGAUGGGAGAGUGUGUUUUACGGAGCUGGUCUCCUUGCUGCUUGCUGGACCUUUUAUGUAUGGAAAUGUCUUCUGCGAGGUCCAUUUUUUUCCUUUGACUCUCCGAGGGACUCUGUGACUGAAGCCCAGCCAGGGGCCUCCAGAACCCGCUGGCUGUAUCUGCUCAAAGAGCCUUGCGUCUGGGCCAUGAUCAUUGCCCAUCUCUGCUUCAGUAGCACCUAUUACACCCUCAUGUCAUGGCUACCAACUUUCUUCAAAGAGACAUUUCCUCAUGCCAAGGAUUGGGUGUUUAAUAUGGUGCCUUGGUUUGUGGCUAUGCCCUCUUCGCUGUUUGGUAGCUGCAUCUCUGACCAUCUCAUUAAGCAAGGUUUUGGGACGGCAACUGUAAGAAAAAUAAUGCAGUUCUGUGCUAUGGGAAUUGCCAGUGUGUUCAUUUUCCUUGUCUGUAAGACCAGCAAUUUUCUCCUAGCUGUUGCUUGUGUGUCUAUGGCUGUUGGGCUCUCUACUUUUAAUAACAGUGGGGGUUCAGUGAACGUGCAUGAUCUGGCACCAUCAUGUGCAGGAGCCCUGUUUGGGAUUAUGAACACAUGUGCUGCUUUUACUGGUUUGGUGAUGGUGUAUAUAUCUGGAUACAUGAUUGAGGUCACAGGUUCCUGGGUGACUGUGUUCUCACUCUUGGCUUUGGUGAACAUCAUUGGUGUCACUGUAUUCAUUGUGUUGGGUAAAGCUGAGCGAGUUGACGUGCUGAAUGAACCUCAAAGCAUAUGAACAACUCUAUUUUAUUUGAAUUAAAAAAAUACAAAAGUAACUUGGCAAGCAAAUUGAAAAGUAAUGUUUUUGAAAGUUGUAAACUUUCUUUAACAGAUCAGUGCAUCAGUGUAUUCAUUGGAACACAGCAAAGCACAUAAUGUGUGUAUACUGUAUAUAUGUAUGUAUGUAUGUAUGUAUGUAUGUAUGUAUAUUAUAAUGUGUAUACAUUUUAUUUUAACUGUACCAUUAAUACAGUUGGCAGGAGUUGUUGGAAAUUAUAUGUGAUGAUCCUGUACAGACCACAACACAUCUGAAACAAUGUUUCAUUCACAUUUUAUUUAUUUAUUAUUUUAAAUGUUAUUUAAUAUAAAACACGUUUAUUUUUUAACAUUUUUCUAAUAUAUUAAAUAAUUAAACUGUCAA